ACACCCGCUGUGGCGGCAGGCACUGAGGGAAGAGCAGGAGAUGCACUUGAAAUUCUGAAAUGAUGUGUUUGGAAGAGCUGACCUUGGAGCAGGGGAUUGCAGAGUGCCCAGAAAAUGUCAGUGACCCCCUCUACUGCUUGGACACCUGUGGGGUGACCUGCACCGACUAGAAUGCCUGGAUGGUUCAAAAAGGCAUGGUAUGGGCUGGCGUCUUUACUCAGCUUCUCCUCCUUUAUCCUGAUCAUCAUUGCCCUGGCAGUGCCCCACUGGCUGAGUGGGAAAAUUCUCUGUCAGACUGGAGUGGACCUGGUCAACGCCACAGAUCCGGAGCUCAUCAAGUUCAUUGGGGACAUCUACUACGGGCUCUUCCGAGGAUGCAAAGUACGGCAGUGCGGGCUCGGGGGCCGCCAGUCCCAAUUCACGAUCUUCCCACACCUGGUGAAGGAACUCAAUGCAGGCCUCCACGUGACCAUUCUGCUGCUCCUCUUCUUGGCCUUGGCCCUGGCUCUGGUCAGCAUGGGAUUUGCCAUUCUCAACAUGAUCCAGGUUCCAUACCGGGCGGUCAACGGCCCCGGGGGCAUCUGCCUAUGGAACGUCCUCGCAGGCGGAGUCGUGGCCUUGGCCAUCACCAGCUUCAUGGCCGCAGUGAAGUUCCACGACCUGACCGAGCGCAUCGCCAACUUCCGGGAGAAGCUCUUCCGCUUCGUGGUGGUAGAAGAACAGUACGAAGAGUCCUUUUGGAUCUGUGUGGCCAGUGCCUCGGCCCACGCUGCGAACUUGGUUGUGGUGGCCAUCAGUCAGAUCCCGCUCCCCGAGAUUAAGACCAAAAUCGAAGAGGCCACGGUCACGGCUGAGGAUAUCCUGUACUGAUCGCCCGGUCCUGCUCACACUCACUCCUGAGUCAGUUCUGCAGUGUGAACGGGGACCUCAUUUCAUGUGCAGGCUUUGCAGUCCAGAAGCCUGUGCUCCUAAGAGGAAGGAAACGGAAGGAGAAAGAAUGGUGGCUGGACCAGAAAAGAAAGCUUUCCUCAACCCAUGGGACACCUGCCUUUCCCUCACACUGACCUUGGAGUUAGACUCUGCUUCUUGCCUGCUGUGUGGACAUGGACAACUCACUUAAUGUCUCCUUCUCAGUUUCCGCUUCUGAAAAAUGGGGUUAAUAAUGACUUCACAAGGUUGUAAUGAGGUUUAAAUGGACAAUAAUGUUGCCAACCUCUGAAUCGACAUAUGUAUCUACAAUUAAAGCACUCUACAAACACCAGG